CCAAAAUAUUUUCUUUCCUCCCCAACCACCGAUCCACCCUGUCUACUUCCCCGCUCGAUCCCCCGAAUCGGUCCCAACCGAUCCCCCGAGACAACUCCACACUCACACCUGGACUUCGAUAACGGUGGUCAACCCUGGACAGAGAUACAGUGCAAUCCUUACUAGGGGGUGAUGCCACUUGUUCAUGAAAUCAUUUCCCUCCCAAUAGCCCACAUACCGCAUCCCCGGUCCCUGGGCCUAGGGAAUGAUGCUUUCUCUCCCCUGUCUUUGGGGUAUCUCUACAGUAACCCACACUCAACACCCUACUUAAACACCGGGGUGCAAGCCAAGCCACGACGGCCGCCGCAAUCAACCGGAGAUUCCCGAUCAAUUGCGCAGGUCAACUUCAUCACGCAGCAGAGAGAAGGGGAGCAAGCGUUCAGAACUGCCGGAUCUUACGGGUAAGUGCCCCACUAAGUGGACCCCCCCGUUGCAUUUCCAACGCAAAGAGGGCCAAAAAAUUGAGGCGAAUCAUCGAUUGGCAAUUUUGUAGGGUAUUUGCAUCUUCCAUCAGGUUACAGUUUCCAAGUCUUGCCUUGGGUAACAUUUCCGGUCAUCCAAGCAACAAAUUCGUGCAACGAUAUUGUUUGGGUGCAAACCCGGAAGGAAAAUGGUCACCCCGUGGGUUACGGAUCUCGGACCGCUCUCUUGAGCAUACAUAUUACCCUCUUUCCUGCAGGCGAGCGCCCGGGAAUUUAUGACUGAGCUGAUUCCAUGUGUUCUCGAUAUAUACCCAGCGGUAGCGCAAACUCUGAGGCCGCAGGCCCAUAAGUAUACUAGAAGUGCCGUAAGCAAGCACAGUUCAUCGCAAAUUUCACCAGACCUACGAUAUCACAGUCUAGAAUCCCUUCUUUCUAGUAAGGGGUAAGAAACCA